CACGGCCGCGGCUGCGCGCGUUUCCCGCACUCUGGGGAUGGCGGAGGGAGAGGUAAACCAAGAUUUCAUUUUCAAGAUGGAAAGUCCAUCAGACUCAGCUGUGGUUUCACCAAGCACUCCACAGGCCAGUGCCAGUCCGCCAUCUCCCCAUACCAGUAGUUCAAGAAAACAACCUAUGAGUGCAACACUUAGAGAACGAUUAAGGAAAACUAGAUCUUCGUUUAAUUCCUCUUACAGUGUGGUAAAACGUCUCAAAGUAGAGAAUGAAGGAGACGAUCAGAACUUUUCAGAGAAACCAGCAAGUUCAACAGAAGAAAACUGUGUGGAAUUUCGAGAAAAUUGUAAACGGGUAGACAGUGAAUUUGAAGAAAGUCCAUAUGUGAAAAAUACCGUCAAGAAUAUCAGUGCAUGUGAGUCUACAUCAGUUGGUGCUGGGUCAUGCAGUGAUGAUCUUCAAAAUGACUUUGUGAAUGAGAAUCUUCCCAAAGAAGGAUUAAAUGAAGAAAAAGCAAAAUUGGUGAAGCAGAUUCAGGAGAAAGAAGACCUUCUUCGGAGGCUAAAACUAGUCAAAAUGUACAGAUCAAAGAAUGACCUGUCUCAGUUACAGUCGUUAAUAAAGAAGUGGAGAAGCUGUAGCCAGCUGUUGCUUUAUGAGUUGCAGUCAGCUAUGGCUGACGAGAACAAGAAACUCAGCCUUACUCAGUUGAUAGACCACUAUGGGUUAGAUGAUAAGUUGCUACACUAUAACAGAAAUGAAGAAGAAUUUAUAGGUGUUUAAUUCCUAAUUUUUUCUCCAGAAUAUCUUUGAAAAUGACAACUUAAAAGAUACUUCUACAUUUUAAAGGGAAGAGACAAACCAUUACGGCUUUGAGAAAGGUAUCUCGAUGAACAUCAAUUUAGGGCAAUCUGUUAUAUAAAUAUAAACUAAAUUCUAAAGUGAAAAUUUAGUAUUUUGGAUAAAUUUGCCAAAGAAAACUUGACAUUUAAAGAAAUGUGAAAAAAAAUUUGUCAUGUUUAAAAAAAUAACUGUGACAAUUCUGAAAAUCAGUUUUAAUACAUUGUUUUGUUUAUUGUGGUAAAAAAGUUUUAUUUUAAAUGUUAAAAAAUAGUCCAGUCUGGUAAAUGUCUCAACCUAAAAGCGGUCUAAAAAUGCCUGCCUCUCUCCUAAGUUUGUGAACCUUGUUUCCAUCCAUUUACCAAAUGUUUCCAUCUGGAUGGUCUAGCAGGUAAUUAAUCUCAUAUGUCCAAAAUUAUAUUCUUUCCUCUCUCUCCAAAUUUGUUUCUCAUAUUUCUCAUCUCAUUUAGUGAAAUGACCAUUUAUCUCUUGCAAAACCACAUAUCCUCAUCUCUUACUUUGAGGCAUCAUGGCAUACAAGGUCUUUCACAUUCAUCUACAUUUCUAGCUUCAUCUGUGCAGUAGAUUAAACUUAGAGUUUCUACUUUGUUCACAGCGACUUCUCAUCCAGAAACCCACCUUCAUAGGGUUUUGUUUCUGCCUGCCAUAUUAUACAAUGUUACCUGUCAUCCUGGCCAUAUACAGAAAUAUGACCCAAGUAGGCCCAGUCUCUGGGAAUUUGGAAUUGUGCUUAGAAAAAAGAAAGCCCGUCUCUUUUUGGGGCUGAAGCUGUUGUAUGUAAACUUGGAAGCAGAAAACCUGGUGUACUAAGUAGAGUGUGUGCCCUUACAAAGAAAGGCAGAGAUGACAAAUAGAGAACUUGGUGGGUCAGCGGCUUCCUGUUUCUAGUUUCCAGUCCUUCUUGAGGGCUUUCUGGAUUUCUGCUUUUGGGUCCUUUUAUGGGCUAAAACAGCUUUACUUAGUUUAAAAAAAAAUCUUAAAAAAAAGUACUUGCUUACUAGUAGGUAAGUAGCCACUACCCUGAGCUCCCCUCCUCCAAGUGUGCCCCACUUUCAGCCCAGUCCCUGCCUAUGAUCUACCAAACUGUUAAUAUUGGGCAUAUCAGGAGACCUCAGGACCCUGCUCUUGCAUCCAUUCUAAUUGUUAGUGCCCAUGCCAGAAAACUCUCACCCUCCCCGCCACCCCACCACACACACACACAAAUUCCUGCCUUCUAGACACUGCUAUUGUCAUUGCUUCUGUGAACACAAGAGGACUGGCCCAGGCCUCACGUGGGCCUCCCUAGGCUCUGGGAUUCCUAAUUGGGCACUCCUGGGGAGCUGUGCUGUUUUGUACCUAUCAGCCUCUAUCACUGCUUGCUGCUUAGCCAGAUGGCUUAAAUGUGGCAGGGGAAGCAGUUUCCAUGGUGAAGGUGCUGGCAUUUGGCUGCAGCUACUCACUGUUGAAUAGCACAUCCCCUAGAGUCACCUUACAUGUCCACUUGGGGGAACAGUGGGACUCUGGUUCUGGGAGAGUUAGGGGGAGCAGAUGGGGUCACAGUAAUGGGCAUUUCCAAGGCAUUGGCUGAGUGCUGAGGGCUCCAACAGCACAGUAGGCACUCUUGCAAUAGGAGGUGGGUCAUGGAAUAUGGAUCAGGCUUAUGGGAGAGUUUGGGGCCUAGGGAUGCCUAUGAAGCAGUCAGUCCCGUUUUUUAUUGUUUCUGUUGAAUUUCACCUCCAUUUAAUGGGAUACAUUUAUUAAAAACCACUAAAUACUAUAUUUUUAUUCAUGAAAAUGAAAGCUACUUCUAAGCACUUGCUUUGUGUCAGUUUAAAAAGUAUGUUAACUCAUUUGAGGAUUACAGUUAUCAACAUCCCAAUUUUAAAGAUGAGGGAAUUUAUGAUGAAGUUAUUUAAAAAAACUAAGUAAUUAUUUAAAACUGAAGUGGCAGAGCCGGGAUUUGAAACCAGGCAACCCAGCAAUAGAGCCCUACUCUUAAAUCUUGUGCUUAAAGCUGUGCUAUGUUUGACCAAAUUAAUUAUAUUACUACUUGAUAAUAUAGAUAAUAUUUUAAGGGGCUAUAAAAAUAUGAAUAUAAUUGCUGUUCAGCAGAAGUUGAGAGGAAUCAGUACCAUGGACAGUAUCAAAAGUGGGUUGGGGUGUAUGACCCAUGUGCCCUUUCAAAGUCAACCCCCAAAAUCAGAAUAUACCCCCUGUUGAAAAGAGCUGCAAGAGGUUCCUGCUAACCUCCACCUAUCCAUGCCUCAAAGCUGAGGCAUUCAAGCAGGGAGCUUUGUCAGAAUCACCCAGGGUGGCCACUAAGAAAUAGAAAUCACACAGGCUAUUUGGUUUGUUAAGACCUGGGAAUCCACAGAACAUUAUCCAGUGAAAUUGGUGGCAUUGACUAUUAGCAAAUGGAGCCUUCAGGCAGCUAAUUUAGGUGACAUGGAAUUUGUAUCACUGGAAGAAAAAAAAGUCUAGUAUAUCCAUGGUUGGCUCAAACCAAUAGGACAGAGAACUUCUGACAAUCCUAAGUACAAAGUAUUUGUACUCUUCACACUUUUCUACCCUUGGGUCCAUCCUCCCACCCCAUCAAUACCCCUCUCAGAGACAGUUUUGAAAGACUCUAGGAAAUGUUACCAAUGGGCACUUCCUUGCUGAAUCAGCCAAAUUGACUGCUUCAGGAAUCAUUCUAGUACUAAGGAGGGAAGUCAUCAAAAAUGAUGUUGGUCCUUUUAUUUCUCUUACCAUUCACAUCUAGCACUGAUCAGUAUAUGGGUGAUCAAUUAUGGUACUAUCCUGGCCAUUUCUAAAUGGAAAAUUUUAAAUCUAAAGAUUUAUUUCUAAAUAGAAAGUUUUAUAAUAGCUCUCUUGCUUUACCUACACCAGUGUACAUUGGAUAUGGUGUUGCAGAUUAUACUUAAUAUUUAAUUCACAAAUUGCAGAACACUGAGGCAUUGACAUCACUUGGAGAUUGUGGUCAAUGAUCCCAAUGGUAUCAACCUGGAAGGUAGCAGUCCACAGGCUAUGGAAAGGCAAAGCAGUCUUCUGACCAGUUAAUCUUCUCAUUAUUUAAUUAUCAUCAUCUAUGUGAAUACAGUGAUAAACUUUUCAUGGAAAUGAGAAAACACUUUUUUCUGUUUGCUGAACCCUAUUGGCUAGGGCACAAAAUUGAGAUCUGUUACAGUGAAUAUGAAGUGUAGAAGAUUAUGUAGAAGAAAACAUGUAAUUUACAAAUGAUUUAGGGCUUGGUAAAAGUAAACAGUUCACCUUGUUCUCAUUGCUAGAACAGGGACUAAUAUUUAAACGUUCUGGUAAACUUUUUUUUGAUUAUAGAAGAAACGCUUACUGAAGAAAACUUGGGAAAUGUAGAAAAGUAUAUGUCAUCCAUAAUCUCAUAACUUUUCUGGUAAUUUUAUAAAAUUAGAAACGCCAAAAGUGGCUAAGAAUAAUUUCUUUUUGUCUUUAAGACUUUCUAUACUAUUACCAUGAAAAUAAAAAAUUAAGACUAAAUGAAUAAAAUGAAUCUUGAAUACUU